CGGCCCGGCAUGGGCGGCCCGCGCUCCUCUCCCGCGCCUCUCCGCUGAGCACCCGCGCCGGCCAUGGCUGGCCCCUCCCGAGACCUGCUGGGCACCGACGUCUUCGACGAGGCCGUGCGGAACACCUGCGACGUCGCCUCCCAUUGCAAGCGAUAUGCUGUAAGUGUUGGUUACUGGAAUGACCCUUACAUUGAAUAUUUUGUAAGCCAUCCAAAAGAAAGGAAGGCACCUGAAAUCAGCCGUGGGUAUUAUGCACGGGUCCAGGGAGUUGGUCGUUUACUUAAGGCUUUCUUAGAAAAGACAAAAUGCAAUUGCCAAAUUAUAAAUCUUGGUGCUGGCAUGGAUACUCUGUUUUGGAAAUUAAAGGAUGAGAAUCUUCUUCCUUUGAAAUACUUUGAAGUUGAUUUUCCAUCUAUAGUCUCAAGAAAAAUUCAUUACAUCAAUUUGCCAACGCUCCUGAUGACGGAAUGUGUGCUGAUCUACUUGACCACUGAGCAUUCAGGUUGCCUCAUCAAGUGGGUGGCAACCACGUUUCAGUCUGCCAUGUUUAUCAACUAUGAGCAGGUGAAUAUGGCGGACCGCUUUGGACAGAUCAUGAUUGACAACUUGCAGAGCAAGCAGUGUGAGCUGGUUGGUGCAGAUGCUUGCAGAUCUCUGGAGUCCCAGAAGGAACGAUUCCUGCAACAUGGCUGGGAAACAGUAAAUGGUCUAGAUAUGCUGAAGGUCUAUCAGAGUUUGCCACCAGAUGAGAUCAAAAGGAUAGAGGCACUUGAGUUCCUGGAUGAGAAGGAACCAUUUGAGCAGCUCAUGCAACAUUACAGCCUGUGCUGGGCUAUCAAGGAUUCCCAGAAUUUAGGCCUUGCAGACAUUACUCUGUGACGCAUUUGCUCCAGUGGAGCUCCAGGUGAAUCUGCUGCCCCCUCCUGGUGGGCCUCUGCAUGCAUCCGCUGCCCCCCCUGUUCCCAGGAAGAUGCCCGCAGGUGAACAUGAGCCUUGGAGCCCUGGCAAGCCCUCUCCUCUCCCCCACUCGUGGCACGUGGCAACCUUUUGAAUAAAUUACUCUUUUUGUGAGCAGCUGAAAAA